AACUACUUAAAGUCUGCAACCCCCCUUCCCCUCAUCUAAUCCCCACUACAAGUCGCUUCAUUCGUAUAAACAGAAAAAACUCAUGUACACACCAGCUAGUUUUCUUCUUCUCUACCGACAACCUCUCCUCUGAUCUCUCUCUCUCUCCUCCAUCCUCCGCCUGUUCACCGGCUACUUCCAUUUUCUCGGUUCACCAAAACAGCAAAUGAUAGGGUCGGCUGAUAAGAUGUUACCUAUAACCUACUCAAACUCCUCCGCCGCCGUAGACGGAAUAUCGCCGUCGUCAUCGUCGGAUCAAUCACGCCGGAGUAAAAGCAGAUUCAUCAGUAAACCUUCAUGGCUCCUACUCUCGAUAUCUGAUAUGGAGGAUAAAAUACAAUCAAUCAACGGAGAAGACAAGCCAGACACCUUCGGUGAACGCGCCGAUUUCUACUACCGGAAACGCCCUGAACUUCUCGCCCUCCUCCACGACCUCUACAAUCGCUACCUUCACUUAGCCGAUCGCUACACUCGCACUCUCUACAAACACCACCACCACAACCACCACCAUGAAUCACAACCACCAAGUCCGAUUUCAAUCCACACCACCACCGAUUUCUCCGACGACGCUCAAACAACCUCAAUCUCCUACCAACCCCCUGAAAAACAAACUCCCUCAGAUCUCGUAAUAUCCGAACUCGUAAUCAAGUUUAUCGAAUACGAUUUCAUGGUGGAUGAGUUAAAGGUGUGUGAUUCGAUUCAGGAAGAAUCGAGGAAGAAGAUCGAGUUACAGAAAAGUUUGUUAGAUGUUUUGGAAUCGGAGCGUGUAGUGCUAACAAACGAAAACUCUCGUCUCGCUUCGGAAUCUCUCUUCAUGAAACGUAAAGCCGGUGAGCUUGCUCGAUGUGUGUUGCUCGAACGAACCGAAGAUCAACGUGUGUUCAUUCUCAGCCGUAAGAUCGACGAUCUUCAAGGUCAGAUCUAUGAGUUAGAGAAACGAAACAAAGAGUAUUACGAGAAGUUAAUGAAACAAGGUAGUAAGGGAACUGAAGGAAAGAAGAGUAAUAUUAGUAUUAAUAUAAAACGGUUGAUGGUGGGUGGUGGUGGUGGCGGUGGUGGAGGAGGUGGCGGCGGUGGUGGUGGGUGGAGUAGUAGUAGUGUGAGUUGGAGUGGUGGGGAAGAUGAGAUGGGUUGUUCGAUGAGUAGUACAAGUAAUAGUAGCACAUGUACAAGUCUGGCGCAGGUGAUGAAGGACAAGAAGGGUCCACGUGGCGGGGUGAGUGGGAAGAAGGUUAGUGGGUGGUGGGACCGGGUGAAGAAGUUUGAUAUGUUUAUGUGUGGGCCACAUCUUGAUGUUACAUGCUGACGUGGCUUGGCUUAAUAGUGUUAAUCAGUAAUUAGUAAUUACUAAUUAGUAUUUAGUAUUAUGGAGUAUGGAUAUGGAUGUUGUCUCUUUUGUUCAAAUGCGAUAUAUUGGACAUUGCUCCUCUGUCAUGUUUUUCUUAAAGGGAAAAAAUGUUAAAUUUACAGUGGU